AGGAUGCUCUAACGAUCCCCACGAUGGAGCAGUCCGUCUUUUGACCUCUUCUCCGUCUUCUUCAUCUCCGAGCUACCCUUCUCUCUAAUCCGAGCUCUAAGAAAUCUCUGCUCUGCAUAAAACACUGUAGAUCUCUCAGCUUGCAGUUUCUUUGGUUUUGAUAACAAUGGCGAACGCCGAUAUUCUGAAGAUAGAGGAAAAUCUCCUCCAUUUCUCCAUCUUUGACUUCCCUUCAGGUGAGGGUUUGAAAUCUCGCGGGCAGCUGAUUGAGAGAAAGAUUGAAGCUUUGGAGAAAUUGGCUGGCAAGGUUAGUAAUAGAAGAUCGCGUAGGUGGAUGAAUGAUCGGUUACUGAUAGAGCUGGUUCCACGCCUUAGAGUUGAAGAAAUAAGAGGCUUAUUUGCUCCACCUCCUUGGGGUGAAAGUACUCCUCUAUCAGCAUUUUGCAUGACAAAUGUUGCAGAAUGGGAUGCAUUCAGGAGCAUUGAUAUGGAUAAAGAGGCAAGGUUGAUAGGAGCACUUGAGAAGGCUCCUUCAAGCAUAAAAGAGAGUGUUGAGAAAGAUAAGUUGGUGGUUUUAAAUGCAUGGCACCGAGUCGAUUGUCGAUCUCGGGAGGCAUUUCGGCACAAAUUGCUAUCAGAAUUGGUCGAGAAUUAUGAGGAGCAAAUACAAGCUUUCAUUAAGGAUGGGAAUGAUGAAGAUGUUCUUAAGCUGCAUGUUCAGAACCCUUUUCACAGAUUAUUGCUGCAUGGUGUAUGCGAGUAUUAUGACCUGAUAUCCGCAACAGCUGCAGCAGAAAACUCCAACAGGUUGAAGGUGACGCAAAUUAGAAAGAAAAGAAGCUCCAAAAAAGAAGCUCUUCCAGGCAUCAGUCUAUCUGAGUUUCUGAAGAUUUCAAAGGAUGGGUUUCUGAUGGAAUAAACCUUGUGAAUUAAUUAAUUUGCAUGAAAGGGAGAAGAAACUUCACAAAACCUGCAUUGCACAUAUUCACAUUUGGUUCCUGGGUACUGCUGUAAAAUAUAUUGUGCAGGGUGUAAAUUAUGCUAUUUUUUUUAUAAAUGUGUAAAUCAUGAACUUUUUGGUUCUGG